GACACUGUCGCUUAUCACGCAUCGAAACAUAUUGGUAAAGGUACAACUCAUUACAAGCCUUCGAGAGUAAAAAUUUAUUAUAAAUAAUUCGAUACAAAAUAAUAUUUGAGGGUCGAAGAAGUGUUUUUAGAUUACGAGACUUGACAGAGAACAAUAUGAAUUCUUUAAUUCAAUUGACCAGAAUCAAGAAGUAUACAGACGAACAACAACUUCCACUUUCCACCUACAAAAACCGAUGGAAGUCAUUGGCCUUGUCCAUGAAAUUCCUUGGUUUGAAAUUCGAGAAAAGAUUCACUCCGCACAUUAUUUUCAUGUUGAUAGCAGAAAAAAUAUUUACAAUUUUCUUCAUCUACGAAAAUAUCAUAAUAUUAACAAGUACUUCUUCGCGAGUUCAUUGGAUCAUAUUUAUAUACUUUGUUUUCUUUCAUUUCGUAAAUAUUUUUUCUCUGUAUUACUUUCACAUGAAGAAGAAGAAAAUUACGGCGAAUUUAAAUAAUUUGUAUAAAGUUUCUGGCAUUAGCAGCGAGACAUGCACCAAGUCCAGAUCAAUGCUGAUUAAAGUCUGUUUAGUUUGGUUGAAUAGCAUCGUCUACAAUGUCGUGGCUUAUCUCAAUAUCGCCAAUAAAAAAUUUCAAUUAGUUACUAUUAAUGAGAUAUUUAAUAUAAACUCAGAUGAUUAUAGAGCAGAUAUCAUUACGUUUGGUUUAUGUUUCUUCGGUAACUUUGUCAUCGCAAAUCAGUUCCAUUUUUUGUUACUUUAUUUCUGUUCCAUAUGCAAAGAUUUUGAGUAUUCUUUCGUAUUAAUUCGUAAAAAGAUUGCCGAGAAGCGCACUCCGAAACAAAUUAACGAGGCAUCUUUCAAGUAUAUGCAGAUAUCGGCCAUGGUAAAUGAAAUAGAAAGUAUUUACUCUCCUAUUUUAUUUCUGUGGUCUGCUUUCGUUGUUGGAAAUGUCGUAUUUAUGAUUGGUAGUUACUUACAGAGGAUGAAGUCCUCUAUCAACAUGACGGAUAUAAUAACUUUCUUCUGUUGUACAGGAUUUCAAUUGUUAUUGUUUUGUAACGUUUGUUUGUCUUCGUCGAAUAUGAACAGAGAGGCCAAGAAGUUCGCGAUGUCUCUUUACAAGUUGUCACUUUUUAUCAACGAUCCAUCCAUUCAGCAAUUUGCCUUUCAGUUUUCUGUAGAAAUUUUGCAAGAUUUGCCUAAUUUUUCUGCAUGGAAUAUGUUUUGCAUCGAUAAUAAUCUCACAAUGACAAUUUUUAGUGCCGUUGUCACUUACGGUCUCGUCAUGUAUCAAUUUUCAAGCAAGGAAUAGUAAAAAGGAAGUCGCAUAAUCGUGGACACGCAUAUCGACUCUCAUCCUUCCUCCUUUCUGUCUAUGAAGUUGCUGAGAAAAUAUUGAAAUGAAGCAAAAGUCUUCUUUGCUAUUAGAAUUUAUUGCAAAUAAAUGUAAUUUAGAACGUUAAGAAGCACCCGCGAAAAAAUAAAUCAAUUGAAAU